ACAACAGAUGCGCACCGCAAAUGGUCAUUUCAUAGUUUGCCUUCAGAGAUAAACAUGUUCCAGGCACCGUCGAUGCUCGUGUAGUCGGACUUGAUUAGAUUGAACCCUUUCAUGUUUUCAGUCAUAUAAUCUUCGUUAGGGAAACACACGGACGAACUCGGGGGGACAGGGAGCGAGAUUACCGUCCAAGUUUGGAGACCAGACGCCGGCUGGAGAGCGCCUGGUGCGCGCUUUAAUUACAAACACAACAACAACAACAACAACAACAACAACACACCGAGGCGAUUAUUAAGAGGAUUUGAAGAUGAAUGACACGGGCGUUUUUUGCAAAAACAACCAAACAGAGAACUUGACUGAACCAUUAUGUCUGAAUUCAACUCACCCAUCUUACAACUACAUCAACAUCACCACUUUCAUGCACAUACUCCCUUCCAUUUAUGGCAUCCUGUGUUCGGUGGGAGUUGUAGCCAAUGGACUGGUCAUCUACGCAGUGAAAGCAUGCAAGAAGAAAAUGGUUUCAGACAUCUACGUGCUGAACUUGGCCAUAGCCGACAUGCUGUUCUUGCUUGUGAUGCCCUUCAACAUUCACCAGCUGGUCAGAGACAGACAGUGGGUCUUUGGAAACUUCAUGUGCAAAGCGGUCGUAGUGGUGGAUGUCAGCAACCAGUUUACCACAGUGGGAAUUGUUACUGUGUUGUGCAUUGACCGGUACAUAGCUAUUGUCCACCCCACGUCAGAGAAGAGGACCAUCCAGUGGACCAUCAUCAUCAACCUGCUGGUGUGGCUGGGCAGCUUCCUCCUUACCGUCCCUGUCAUGCUGUACGCCAAGGUUGUGCGCAGACAGCAUUUGGAGGUGUGCAUGAUGUACCUGGACGGCCCUGAGGAUAUGUACUGGUACACUCUCUACCAGUCUAUUCUGGGCUUCAUCAUCCCUCUCAUCAUCAUCAGCACAUUCUAUUCACUCACCCUCUACCACGUCUUCAGCUCUAUCCGCCGCGUCAAACGGAAGCAGUCGAUUUGGGCUAAAAGAGCCACAAAGAUGGUGCUGAUGGUUAUUGGCCUGUUCCUGAUCUGCUGGUCGCCCUACCACGUCAUUCAGGUGGUCAACCUGACCAACAACACCCCGACUAUUGCCUUUGUCUAUGCCUACAACAUCAGUAUCUGCCUCAGCUACUCCCACAGCUGCAUCAACCCGCUCAUGUUGCUCAUCUUCGCCCAGAAUUACCGCGAGCGUCUGUGCUCCAGGAACAUGCUGCACAGCUCCCAGCACUCAUCCAAGGGCACGGUGGUGAAAACGGAUGGUUCCAGUACGACCAAUGAUCCCAACUACCGCUGUACUGUCAUCUAAUCAGAGAGGUGGCUUUUUGUAUAUGCUGUACACAUGUAAAUGCUGCUCGCCCCAAAAGGAUGUAGCGUGAUCAAUGGUGUUGCCUGUCAGGUCAUAUUCUGCAGCCUUUGCCAAUGAAAUAACAAUUCGAAAAAAACUGGGCAGAAAUCACUCUCACUCACUCACUCAACGUUGUUAUUUAUUCUUUCUCCUUCUACAACGUCAAAGGCACAGCCGAGCACGUCUGAGGAAUCACACAUGUGCUUAAGGUCAACCCACUUGCUCACUCUUUCAUCUGGUCAUUCCUUUACCCACACAGUUGUCUUCUCUACACCUACUUAUAUAUUUACUUACCCAUCCCAAUUUCUCCUGUCCUCAUUGAUUGAUAAAAUUGUCUUAUGUUGCUUAUCUUCCAUUCUGGAUCCUUUUGUAUUAAAAGGGCCCACAGGUAUCUGCAACGGGCCCGUGCCCUCCUCAGGGUCCCCCCAUGGUGCCAUAGAUGGAACCAGAGGUGCCACUUUCACUGUUGCGGUAACACUUAUUUAAUUUGUUGCGAUUUUAAGUGUAUUUGGAUCCUUAUUUUUUUCCUUCUUCCUUUAUCUGCUCUCUUUCAAUCAUAAAUAUAUACACACACACACACACACACACCACACACACACACACACACACACACACACACACACACACACACACAGGUAUAACUGGCUUCCAUAUAUUUUUGUUUUUGUUUUAUUUCCUCUGUUAGUGUUUGUGUACUGUCCCUUUGGAUCACAACAAAGGAACCAAGGUUUUCAGGAAAUCUAAGGAAAUGGAAACAAAUUACUGCUCAAAGAAAACUCCCUUUAUUUAGCCGGCACGCUAAAAAGGAAAGCAACCGUUUCCGAGACCAAACUAGAAGUAAUCUCAGCACAGACUUUCAAUGAUGCACAGAUAAGAAGGGACGCUGAGGAGCAAAAAACUGUAAAACUAUAAACUGUUUUCCUUUUGGACUGGGAGCUAUCAUUAACCUUUACCAACCACAGGCUACAUCCAGUGUCAUGCUGGUUAGUGUCAAGACUGAAGUGCAGCUUGUGAGAUCUGUCACUGCCAUGGUCGAGGGUAAAAUGUUUAGACACACUAACUGGCUUAUUACUCGCCAGCAUCCUGAGGGCGCACGAUGGAAUUUAAUUCCACUUCAAAGCUAAAAGAGUUAUUUAUCGCCACACAUUGAGACGUCUUCAAUCAAAAUACUUGGUAACACUUUACUUGAAGGUAUCUACAUAAGAGUGACAUGACACUGUCAUAACACAUGAACCCUAACCCUAACCAUAACCCUAACCACAACUUGUCAUGACAAAACCGAAUGACACUUAAUAAAAGAUUGUCUUAAACAUUUAUGACUGUUUAUAAUGUUUAUGACGCGUUUAUGAGAGUGUCAUGUCACUUAUGUAGAUACCUUCAAGUAAAGUGUAGCCAAAUACUCUCUAAUUAUGAACGUUGUAACCAACAGCUUUAAUAACGGUUGAUAAAUAAUGUACUAAUGCUUUAUAGAUAGGUUGUAAAAAAAUUGGCUGGUGUUUAUUCUUUCUAUUUUGUUGAGAAUGCAUUUAUGAACGUUGAUGCAUUAAUACAUGCUCAGUUAUUAAUACUGAGUCAUAAUCGAAGGGUAUUAAUAAUCAAGUCUGCCUUUGUAAAUGUUACUAAGUUGUUAAUAUAUGGAUUUCGUUCCAGAUUGUCUGCCAAUCUGGCCAGAGGUAGUUUACGCAACCCUAAAAUGUGUACUUAUUAAUGGCUCAUAACCAGACCCAAACGGAACCUGCAGAUUGUUUUACAGUUUUCAGCGGUGAUCCUGAAUGAAAAUCUGCUGUAUUCUUUUUGCUUGGGGUGGAGUUAAGUUAUAUUUUUUUAUUUAAAAUCGGCUGAAAUUCGACGGACUGUUUGACAGAAAAUUCUGCGUUUGCAGAUUCCAUGUUGCUCUGCUCAUAACCAUUACCAUAACCACUUAUCUAUGAAAGAUAAGUGAAUGAUUUAUUAACCAAUCAUCGUUAGUUACAACUUAUAAACCCUUUGAACCCUUUUAUCCCAAUAGUAAUCAAUCAGUGUUGGAUACAUAAAAACUUCAUGGCAGUCAAACAGAGAAACAUUUCCCAUUUAACCAGAAGUACUGGUUGUUGAUCGUAAACUCCGAUUCAGAGUCUGGUGUUUUGCUCAGCAGAACAGCCCCUUUCUGUUUGUCUUAGAAUCUAAUCGCAUGCAGGGUAAAACACCAGGGAUUAAUUCACACUCACUGUCCCACCAAAACAAAGAUCAACAAGACUCUGUCAGAUUGUCACGACAGAAGUUGAUGUAUUCCAAUCUUGGUGGAUUGGUUUAAUCCACCAUUGAGUUUUUAUGUCUUGUUAUUUAUACAAGUCUUAAAACCUUCUUACUACUGUAUAAUUUUGAGCUCCACACCACUGUCCUGUCGUCAAGGACGAGUACAGUGAAAUUGCAGAGACAAUGAAGACAAACGUGAAGGACAGUUGAUGCUCUCGUAUUAAGAUCAGGUCAUUUGUCUGACUGUACAUUUGCAUAAUGAAAAUUGAGAGGCAAUGUACAGGAAAUAUGUAUGUGUAUUAUUGUCUGUCGUCAGAGUUAAUAAGUAUGUUUACAAUGGCACCGGAGCACUAAAUGUGUGUCCUGUGAAUCACGCCUGCUACGUUCCAGAAGUCGUGUAUGGUUCUUCUCUGUGCUGUGUGCAAAGAUUGUAGGCAUUGUUUUUACUUUGAUCGAGGCUGGAUUAACAGCUGGGAAAAGUAGGUGCACUCUGUAGAUACGAGUUUAUGAUAAUUUGAUGAUAUGCGUGUUUGUUUGGUCAUAUCCAUCCCUAACGCACAAUAUGGCAGCACAUGUGUUGUUAUAACGUUAGCCUGUUUCACAAUUAUUGUUUGCAUUUUGGUAGAUUAUUUGGUAGAAUUGGCAGGCCAAUAAGCAGAAGGUUGGUUCAUUUCUUUAUUUAUGCAUCACUUUUUAGUGUCCAGUUGUAGCGGGUUGUUUUUUCUUCUAAAUGCUUCACGUGUUGGCAAAUUGGUGAAGAUGUUUUCUUAAUUUGCAAUGCAUUGAGCUCUCAGGGCCAUCACAUAUAACCCCUGAUAACAUCACUGUAAUGUCAUUAGGGUUAUUUUCUCAGACUUGACAAAGCUCCAAAGACAUUAUAUUAUAACUGUAUACACUGUGCGUAUUCCUAAAUAAAGUUGAGCGUAAUCAAAUUAUCACAAACUAACUUUGGGAAAGUUUAUUAUUGCCUCACUGUGGGUUAAUACGGUCCUAGUCUAUAUCCACGACAUUCCACUUCCGGGUUUGCUCGGGUGCCGCAGGAAAUUCUGCCGGAUGCAUGUAUUUUCUCCGAUUUCCAUUUUUCUUCCGCUUUCUUUUUUGGAGGAAUUUCAAACUUUGGUGGAUUCAUGAGGACUAUGGUUAACUGCUCCUCAGAUCUCUGCAGGAUAAAUUGAGACAGCUAGCUAGACUGUCCAGUCGGAGUUUUCAUUCAAGACUAUUUUGCAGCGGCUCUGUCCUGCGCUUGGCAACGCACAUGACAAUUGAGAUUGGUUUAAAGACAUGCCAAUAAACCAGAGCAUGUUUUUCUCCCCAUCUAGGUAUGCUGUGUAGAGUAGCCAGACCCUCCUCCACCCAGCAGCGUGUGGAUAGUCUGGCAAAGUGAGACUAAUACGGCCAUGACUUUGAUAUACUGUAUAGUCUUUUACAGUUUGGUAUUGUUUAGUAGUUGUCGCUGUUUUGUGAUUGUUACUGUAGGCCUAUCCACUGGCCACUUCAAAGUUUAUGUAAUAAUAUUUACAGUCUGUGGUAUUAUGUAACGAAUCAAUAUAUGAUGUGAACAUUGUUUGUAAAAAUUCAGACGUAUAGACCGUAUUACAGUAUUUGUUCAAAAUAACUUUGAGGUAGAAAACUCCUGGAUCCUGUACAUACAAUUUAACAGGUGCUAAGGCAAAACGGAGAGGAGGAACGACUGAAUAUACUCUCAUCUCAUUCAUCUAAAAUGCGUGUUUGAUGCUUUCAUAUCCCAACAUUUUCACUAAUGCUAGGUUGGAUGCCUAACAUACAUGCUGGGCCACCGACACCCCACACAACUGAGAAAAUCCACCCUCCAUGGCAGCCUCUCCUCUCAUAUUUUAAUAAUCUUGCUAUGACACCUGCCACCUAGACAGAAACAUUUUUCUAUUUUUCUAACCAGUUGUACUGUUGCAACAAUGUCAAGGUACAGAUACGAGUUGUUUUAUGUGAUACAUUGAUGGAGAAAGGUGGGUUUUAAGUUUGUAUGAGUUUUUUGGAUUAUUGUUAUUAUUCUCUUCUUUCUUCUCUUUUGUUCUUUCUUUUCUGGCUUUUUCCACAUGUACUGUAUGUCUGUCUAAAAAUGAUGUGAUGUGUUCCAAUAAACAAAUUUAUAAAAAAAAAUAAAAAUGAAUAAAAUGACCUCACACAUACUAGAGGGUUAUCCGACCGCUAGAGUUGGCUUAUCACAUGAGCAAAGCAACACAGUACAGAAUAUAAGCACAGCAGAAAUGUCAGACAGGUUGGCUUAACUAUAUAUCUUUAAAUGUUAUAGUAACAGCUAAACUGACAACAGAAAUAAAAAGGUUUGCAGAUUUAAUGUACCUACGAAAUUCAAAUCAACUGCCAUCCCUCUACCCGGAAGGGAUUUUGGUGUUAGCGCGUCAUGGUGAUUGUACUACAGUUUACUUGUAUACUUUCAAUUGUGAACACGUUGAAUUGUAAAUCGUAGAUGUUUUCAUGCAAACAUCAGAGUAAACACAGAGGAACAGGUGCAGACGGCGAGACCCCGACUACAUGGACAGGCAAGACUAUCUCCAUGUCUACAUCAGAGGGGCAGAGAGGCAAGAUAACAUUUCACUGGAAUUAUAUACCUGGUAUGAUUUCAUGAGACAAAUAAAAGUUGAUUGAUGGAU